UCGAUCCCCGUCUAGCGACAAUCUAGGAUCCGCCCGAGCCUCGUUGGACGAUGAUUGGUCGUUUCGUCACCAGAAGCGCAGCGAAAUGGUUUGGGCUGGGCGCUACCCCUACGCCUCUCUCUCUCUCUGCGACGCCGUCUCUCCAUCUCGCAAUCGCGAGUAGGAUGUUUGCCUUCUCCAGUUCCCAGGGUCUUGUUGUUCUGAUCAAAAGGUGGUGGAGUUAUUGGUUGGUUUGACAAGAGAUGUUGGGACCAGAUGGGGGUCUGCCAGAGCCGCAGCGAGCUGUCGAUCCCAUGAGCUUGUGCUGCUCCUCAGAGCCCCACAUGGGUCGUUCCAGACUAUGGUCGAUGGUUGUCAUCAGAGAGUCUCCCGUCGACGGCAGCCUCGAUGGCAAAGACGGAGUCUUGAGCGUUUUCCCUCCGAGCAACCAUGAAAAUCUGCGCGUCCCCUCCGGACCCUGCGACGAACAGCGAAGCCCAUGUCCGAUUUUGCCUCCGUCCUCCGAUUUGCUCCCCUCCCCAUCGCAGUUCUUCACUUCGUCGUCGUCGUCGUCCUCCUCCUCAUCCUCUUCAUCUUCUUCAUGUUCGUCUUCAUUUUCGUCGUCCGAUGUUGAUGAUGAGCUCCAAGAGGAACCGCAGCCGUCAGAUUCGGCGGUCCAAGUCGGAGAACCGGGUCGAGCCGCGGGGUUGCUGCGAUUGGGAUUUAGAGUGUUGGGUUCGAAGGUUUUUGGUGCCAUGAGCUCCUUCUUUGGCCGUAGCUCUGCGACGGAGGGACUGUUUUGGCUGUCCGUUACUUCGGCGGCGGUAGUGCUGUGGUGGGUAUGCGCGCGAUUUCGUUUGCUGCGGCUGAGACACAGAGAGAGAGUGGAUGGUUUGAUGCGCGUGGUUAAAGAGCGAGACGAGAAAAUCGCCCAUCUCCUGCAUCAAAUUGCUCAAAUGAACGAGGUGUUGCUGUCACGGCACAAAGCUUUGACUUCCAAAUUGCCUGGAUGAGUACGAACCCGGACUCCAUAGGUUCUGGAGCAUGUAUCUUUUAUAAUCGACAUUCUUUUGUCUCGAGCAAGGCCAAACUGGCUGAAUUUGGAUGCUUCUCGCCUCAAAUCCCUCUGAACUGGAUGAUGAUUGCAGUAUUGCUUCCCUCUACAAGAUUGUGACACCAGAGGCUUAGAAGAACAUCGAGAAGGGAUCACGGAUUUAGGCUCCGGAUAAGUAGUCUAGUCUUUGGAGCCUGGCAAGGGGUAGACCUGCUUGGGUUGGGGUAACUAUAUAUCUUCGUACUUCGUCAUCUUUCUGCUGAAUGUAUCCUUAUAGGGCUUAAUAUUUCGAUUAGUCUAAUACCAUUAUUUCCUAGAUCAAGUAUUCUUGUGCAGUCUAAUGAAUCGCUGCCCGAGUUCUACUUGUAUUGACUUAUUUAUGGUUGUUUCUUCUUGUCCUACGGACAGCUUUUGCCGCUUUC